AUGGUCAAUUUAAUGAAGAAACAGUCGCCGCUAUCUCCGGAAAAGCUUGACGAUACAUUCGCAGAGACCGACUAUAUAAUUGACGAAGAGAAAGGUCUUCGUAGAGUUAGACCUUAUUUCUUCACUCAUCAUAAGUUCGCGCUGAAGAGAUGGCUUGGCAUGUCUGUUUUUGAUAUGAUGAUGAAAGAGUUCAGUCUUCAUAUUUCAACGCCUGAAAAGUUAAAUGAAACGGCAGAGCGAGGCUACAUGCUUUUAAACAUGGAAAAGAUCAACGCUUCGGAGCUCAAAGAAAGGAUCAUCAAAGACGGGGAUAUGAUUUCAACGAAGGACCAUCGCCACGAGCCUCCAAUUAGAAUCGAAUUGCCAACAGUCAUCGCCGAUACUGACGAGUUCUACGUCGUGAAAAAACCAUCAAGCGUCCCAAUUCAUCCUGUAGCACAGUACCGACACAACUCACUGAUCUUCUUAAUUGCCCGAGAAUAUAAAGUGAACUACCACGUCAUUCACAGACUAGAUAGACUCACUUCUGGGCUCGUUAUUUUUGCCAAAACGAAAGAAGUGGCAAAGCGCGUAAGCAAAGAAAUAUCUGACAGAGUUGUUCAAAAACAGUAUCUGCUGAGAGUCGUUGGGAAGUUUCCUGAAAAGGCAACGUGCGAAGAGAGCUUGUUUGAAAUCUCUGCGAAGAAGGGUAUUUACAGAGUAGCAAAGGAUGGCGAUGACGAGAAAAAAGUAAAGACUGCUUUGACAAACUUCGAGCUUGUUGAAUUUUUCGAAGAUAGCAACGAAAGUCUUGUUCGUGCAAUGCCAAAGACUGGUAGAACACAUCAAAUUCGCGUUCAUACUCAGUAUUUGGGCUUCCCGAUCAUCAACGACCCGGUUUACAAUGAUCCUCUGUUUGGGAAAGAACGAUUUUUGGAACGACAACAAAGAGAAGAUAUCACAGAAGAUAUAGCAGUUGAAGGGCUGACGAAGUCGAAAAAUUGGGGACCAAAGGGUUUUAAGAUUGCCGAGGAAAGUGACACGCCUCAGAUGGCUUUUGAAAAGGAUCCGCUCUGUGAUAAAUGCAGGAACACUCCUGCUGAUCCCAAUCAACACGACCUGAUCCUCUAUCUUCACGCUCAAAAAUACUCUGGCCCGAACUGGAGCUUCGAAACACCGCUCCCUUUCUGGGCUGAGCGCGACUUCAAAACUCCUGAAUAUUACAAGAAAUACCUUCUGUAG